AAGGCUUCCUUGCUUUCAGUUUCACGAGCGGUUUGCCGAGUGGGCUUGGCGUGAGUUGGCUACGUUUCUGCAUGACAAUGCUCGGCUUUGUCAUCGUUUUCCUCACCAUCCUGUCCCUCUCGUCGUUCGUCUUCCUGGUCUCGUCGAGCAUAUUUGCUCCGCGCGGCAGCGUCCAGUGGCAUGAGAUUGGCCCAGGGGCUGAUGAGUCGGACUUCACGACCGGCUUUGUUGUUCCGAAGAGGAGGACACAAGACCACCGUGGGCCACCGGCGUUCAUCUUUCCUGACGGCUGGCCGUCGAAUCAUGUCAACGACAGCGGCGUUUCCUGCAACACGUUUCCUCGUGUCAUCCACCAGACGUGGAAGGAUGGAAAGACGAUGCCCAUCAGGUUCAAGCAAUGGAUGGCCUCCUGGUUUGAGCACCAGCCGGAGUGGCGGCAUGUUCUCUAUGACGACAGAGCGCUCGAGGCCCUCGUUGCUGAGCACUUCCCCGAGUGGCUGGCCAAGUAUAAGAGACUGCGGGGCGUAGAAAAGGCUGACCUCGGCAGAAUGCUCGUCGUCUUUGUUCGUGGUGGUGAGCAGGAAAGGGACAGAGAGAGACACCACACACCAACUGGCGGCCGAUGGCAUGUCGUUAAUUGUGUCCCCGUUGUCCCUUUGCAGGUGUGUAUGUCGAUGUGGAUUUUGAGUCGAUCAAAUCGCUAGGACCUUUGCUAGACGAAGCCGAGAAACGAUGCCGAGGCGUCAUUCUAUCAGAGGAGACCCUCGUCCACUCGUAUCUGCUCGAGCGCCAUAGCGAGCAAGAUCGGCCGUUCGUGAGCAACGCCUUCAUUGCGGCGGCGCCAGAACAGCCAUUCGUGAAGGCCUUCUUGCACAGAGUGCUGGACAAGCGACUGCGAAAGGGGCUUCCGACCUACAGAGACCCCGUCACGAGCGGCUCACGGGAACUGACCAAACUGGUGCAUGAAGUUCUCAAAGUCAAUGACGGAUCUCUCGGUAUGUCGCUCACACAGACACACACAGGGAGAGAGAGGGCCUUCUGUGUAUGGGUGUGGAUGCGUGUAGGGUCUAUCUGGGUGCUGCCCUUCAACGUUAUGUUUCCCGAGAUCUGCCAGUGGAAUGUGGGCGCGAUGAGGGAAAAGUGCGUCGGCGACCGUCCAGUCCACUCGCUGAGAGACAUGGAGUGGGCCAUCAAGGGCUGCCCAAUGCUCGCGGCGGCCAUGGCGAAUACGAGUGCCUUUUUUGACGACACGACAUUGGCUGUGCACCACUGGCAGUGCUCAUGGUGUCCUGGUAGAGAGCAUUCGGCACGCGACGAGACCUUCGUUGUGGCAGCAGAGUUGCCAGACAUGCGUGUUGCUUGAUGUGUAGCUUAGCAGGCUCGUACGCGUGUGUGUGUGUGUGUCGGUGUGCACAUGGAGGUGUGUUUUUCUGACCUGUCUGUACAUAAUGUGCUCAGAGUAUUUUUUCAUCCCCUGAACGUAUGUAACCUGCGUGCAGCUGAGCUGUCCACUCGAGAUGGGAACAAAAUAACACAGUUACAGCAUGAGAAUAG